GUUGCCAAGUGACAGUAGCACCAAUAAUACAAACCAUGACGACAGUGAGACUAACAGAAGACAUCUUCGGACAAGUGAAGGAUACCAAAGGUCACCUUAAAGACAUCAGAAGAUUCACCUGGACAAAUAGCAAUAAUGUUAGUGCACAAGUGAUAACGUACGGGGGCUAUAUAACAGCCAUAAAAAUCCCCGAUAGAAAAGGCAACAUAGAAGAUAUUACCAUAGGGUUUAACAACAUGGAAGGAUACUUGCAACCUGAGAAUAGAUAUUUUGGUGCAACAGUUGGAAGGGUAGCCAAUAGAAUAGCGAAUGCUAAGAUGACGGUAGAAGGAGUAGACUACAAUCUAGCGGCCAAUAAUGGACCAAACCAUCUCCAUGGUGGCAUCCAAGGUUUUGACAAAGUCAUUUGGGAAGCUCACGUCAAAGACACAACUCUCACCCUGAGCUAUGAUUCUGCAGAUAUGGAAGAGGGUUAUCCAGGGAAUGUUCUGAGCAAUGUCAGCUUUCAACUGACCGAGAACAACGAAUUUGUGAUCAACUACAAGGCUACUUCGACUAAGCCCUGUCCUGUCAACCUGACUAAUCAUUCAUACUUCAAUCUUGCUGGGAACGGCAAAGGUGCUGCAGAAUUAUACAAACAUACAGUAUGUUUGAAUGCUGAUAAGAUAACUGAGGUCAAUAAUCAAAGCAUACCAACAGGUAACCUUCCGGAUGUUGGUGGUACUGCUUUUGAUCUCCGCGUCCCGAAAAUUUUGGGAGAUGUCAUUCAUAAAGUACCAAGCUCUCCAGGUUUCGAUCAUAACUUUUGCAUCACAAGAGGUUCUGACCAAGAAGAUGCUUUCGUAGCUAGAGUAUCACAUCCUGAUACUGGCAGGGUGAUGGAGGUGUAUAGUAACCAACCUGGGGUGCAGUUUUACACUGGUAAUUACCUGCCCGAAAAAGACACUUUGCGAGGAAAAGACGGGUUCAUUAAGAAACAUGGUGGGUUCUGUUUGGAAACGCAGAAAUAUCCAGAUGCUGUCAAUCACGAACAUUUUCCCAACACCAUAUUGUACCCUGGACAGCAGUAUCAUCAUAAAACAACAUUCAAAUUUUCAGUUUUGAAUUGAAGAAAUUGAACUUCCUCUAUUUGAAUGUUUGAAGAAUAUAUAUAAUACAUUUUAUACUGAUUCAAUCGG